CUUACGCUCACGCACGCUCUGGAUUUUCCUUCUCCUACAAACAUCACCUUCACCACCACCUAUUUUUCUCUCUUCUCUCUGAAAACCCUAACUCCUUCAUAUCUCCCUCGCCGUUCACUCUCUCUCCUCUUUCUCUCUCUACCUUCUCAACAGGAUCAGGAAUCAGAACGGUGGAAUCAUGGAAGAAGAUUUUGGAUUUGAAUUGAAUUUCCUCUUCUCCGCGUGGAGGGUUCGUGGCAUGGCAUCUGAACAAGGAACCACGUUUGGUAGCUUCUUCUAGGGUUUGUUGAGAAUCUUGUAAUUCUAGGGUUUUCAGAAUCUUCAAUUGAUUGCAGAUGUGGAAUUUGGUUUGUGAGUUAGAUCGGGAAACAAAUAGAAGUUUGAUCAUUGCCCUGAUAGCUUGAUUUGUAAAUAGGUUUGAGAUUUGAUUGAUGUGAAGAUUUGUUCAUUGUUGUUUUUUCUGAGAAUUGGAUUGGAUUUAGUAGAGGAGCAUGGAGAACGUUUGUGAUGUCAAUCACUUGGAUGCUGAUGUUCUUUUACCUCCUCGGAAGCGCCUUCUAGCUGGAUUGAAGAAACAGAGCUCUCCUGGUGGGGGUGGUGCUGCUGCUGCAUCAUCUCCACCAAUAGUUGGGGGUUCUGAGGCUGGUUCGUCUUCGUCUUCCACGUUUUCGAGUGAAUUUGAAUCUCGGCUUAAGAAUUUGUUGACUUCCCAUGCCAACAACCCUAACCUUACACCUGAGGGGGUUGUGGCGAUCUCGAAAGUGGCAGCACAGACUGCAAGUAAAGCUGCACUGGUUGCAAGGGCUGCAGCUGAAGAAAAGGCUGAGAUAGCAGCAAAGGCGAUUGCUGCGGCCAAGAGUGCUUUAGAUUUGGUUGCUUCUUUCUCUGAAGAGGCAGGUAGCAAGGAAAGGAAUCUGAAAAAGAACAAGCUGAAGAAGCAUAUCCCAGUUCAGCAAUUGUACAAAAAAUACCAACCGGUUGAAAAUUGUGGGACAACAGAUGAAGAAUUGGCCCGAAAGCUUCAUCGAGCCAUCAACAGUUCUCCGAGAAUCUCAAAGACUUCCCCAAAUUCUAACUCUAAAGGAAGUAAACACAAGAAGCCUAGAACCUCUUCAAGUGUUGAAGUAACUGAGGUUUCUGAUGCUGGUAGACAAGAUCGCUUAUCUUUGAACAAUGGGAAUGCAUUGGGGGGUAAGAUUGAUUCUGAAGGCUCCAUACAUGAAGUGAGCUCAAGUAAGGGAAUCAAGUAUGAUAGGUCAACCCAAAUGGAGAUAGAUAAUGGGGAAGCUGAGUCAAGCCGGACAAAGGAGAAAAACUCUGAAGAUUUCUCUUCCAUUGGUAAGAAGAGAGGAAGGGUGAAGCUUAAAAAGUUGCCCUUGAGCAUUUGCACCUCCAAAGAUAAGGCAUACCCAAAGGAAGGUGGUGUAAGGGCUAGAAAUUCGCCCUUAACUGAAGUGAAUGCAGGGAAUCAUCCUUUUGGUAAUAGACCUUCUUUUCCGGCGGAGCCACCAUCCGCUGAUAGAUUGAAGGCAAUUGAGGCUACAUCAAUGUGCAAAUGCCAGGAGUUCAAGGUUCCUGCUAUUAUCAAACAGAAUAAAGCUGUGCAAUCAUGAUAUUCAAAUUAAAUUGGGGUAUGACUGGAUAAGUGGAUGCCAAUACUGCUGUGAUAGAAGUUGAUAGCUGAGGUAGAAAUCAUCAAGCUUUUUUUACAUAUAUGGUCUUUAUGGUUUUUGUUCAUCUUUGGUUUUGUAAUGGAUUUGCACUGACUCAAUGUAAAUUUAGAUUUUUUAGUUUCCUCUUAUUACUUAUUUCAGUCAAAAGUUGUGUGUAAGGUUAUUUGACAGCAAAGCUUGGGUUUAGAUACGAGGAUAUGAGGAAUUGAAGAACAGCUUUUCCAUUGUGCUGCUCAUUCCAUCACACAUUUGUAUUGAGAAUAAAAGGAGAAAACAUGUUGGUCAUUUAUGGA